AUGGCUCUGCGAUCUAUCGACCAGGCCGAGAAUCGGCGACGAAUGCAGAAUGGGGAACUCUAUUUCGCCUUCACGCCCGACCUCCUAGCUGAUCGCAAGAGAUGCCAACAUGCGUUGAGCCAGUUCAACAACGCAGGAGACGUUUCCAGACGUAGAAUAGUCGAGCUGUUUCAAAAAAUCCAGGCCGAUACAACGCCUCUCCCGCCACCAGCACCGACGCCCGAAGAGGACGAGGACCUGCUCGGCGACUACGUCUGGUGCGAUAGCCCCAUCAAGAUGGACUACGGGUACAAUGUCAAGUUUGGCAAGAACGUUUACGUGAACAGUAACUCGUGCUGGAUCGACACGUGCCUCAUCACCGUAGGCGACCGGACUCUGAUAGGUCCCAACUGUUCCUUCUAUUCCGGAACACAUCCCACGGACCCAAGGGUUCGCAAUGGCACAAACGGUCCCGAGGGCGGGGCGCCGAUCACCAUUGGUGAGGACUGCUGGUUCGGUGGGAGCGUCGUCGUUCUGCCCGGGGUGACGAUCGGCAGAGGCUGUACUAUCGGCGCAGGAAGUGUAGUGACGAAAGACAUUCCGCCGUUCAUGGUGGCAGUCGGAAAUCCUGCCAAGGUACUGAGACCGGUUCGCGAGGUGCCUCAAAACGAGUUGCCGCCCGGGUAUACACCACCUGCAGAUAUUCCCAACUCUUAG